AUGAGCGGGGUAUGGAAGGGCCUCCAGGCGAUGUCUGGCCACAAGAGGCCCAACCAACAGUCUAUGGGGGACCAAAAGUGGACCUCCCUGCUGCUGCAACCCCGCAUCGUCUGCAGUCCCUCCCCUCCACACUCCGAAACACUGCACUCCAUGACCAGCACGCCACGCCACUCCAACAACUUGUCCCUUAGAUAUAACCAGGUGAGAAAGGAACUGAGGAAGAUAAAGUACCAAAGACGCACGGCCCAAGGACUUCAACAGCUUCAGGCCAGUGGCUCAAACAUCCAGCGUGGUACCAGUACCAAAGACCCGCAGCCCAAGGACUUCAAAAGCUUCAGUUCGCCUAUCAACCUGGCACCGGGGUGGAUGACGCAGUCAUCUACCUCCUUCUCAGAGGCCUUUCUCACCUGGAAAAGGAUGGAUGUUUUUGACUUCUCCAGUGUCUUCAACACCAUCCAGCCAUUGCUUCUGAGGGACAGUUGGAGCAGACCGGACUACCUCACCAUGUCUGAACCGUUCUGGCCCCAUUCCUCUUCUCCAUAUACACCUCGGACUUUAAAACACUACUCUGCUAACUGCCACCUGGAAAAGAUCUCUGGUGACUCCACAAUCGUCCGCUUCAUUUACGCCGCUCGAAACAGGCGCUCAGGUAAAUCGACAACUUCUCUGCGUGCGUGCGUGCGUGCGUGCGUCAGCGGCGUCACGCCCAGGUGUAGCCCCGGAUCCACCCACAAGGCAAACUCCUGUCGGGGCAGAACACUUGAGGCUGCCAGUCGGCGACAGAGCAGCGCGGAGGGAUCACUUGACAAGACCCAAGAGUUCCAAAGACACGGGGAGGACUAUCCUGCUUCUCUUGACAAACUACGGCAGCUGAUAGAAGACAAAGUUCACGUCCUCCAUUCCCCCUUCACAGAGGAGCAACAGGAUCAGGGCUCGCCGUGCGAGGACGACACAGGUAGAGGACUGUGGAGGUUUGCCGUUGUGAGCGAGGAGCUGACCUUUCGCCUCCAGCAGCUGCAGAGACGGACAGAGCAGGAGCUCAGCAGCAUACGCGCACAACUCUUGCAGAUUGAAGACCGCCGGCAACUGCUGACCUCUGACCUCUUUAAUCUUCAGGAGAAGAAGAAACAGACCGAAAAGGAGCUGGGGAGGAACUCCAGCCUUCAGACAUCCACUCUUCAGCUGUGUACUUGUCGGGAGCUCCAGGCCUCCGUCACCGAGCGUCUGCUCCAAUCAGAGAGGUUGGUGUUCCAGGAGGAGGCACUGAGCGCGCUCCGCAACCUGCUGACCCAAGACCUGCUGAGGUACCGGGAAGAGACGCGGAGGCUCACCUGUUUCACGCAGAGAAUACUGGCGCAAUCCCACAGAGAGGACACACCCACCGGCACACCAAGUAUGCAGCGGAACAACGAGGCCGAGCAGAGAAACACGCAUGCGCCCAAGUCUUCUUACCUACACUCACCGCUUAGUCCUCACCCGACCGCCACUGAGGACGAGGCAACGCAGGCCUGGAGGGCCAGUCUUAAGAAACCCGCCACGGGCCCGUCCCGCGGCUCAAACUUGCGCCGAGCCGGCAGCGUCAAAGACCUGAUCGGUAAAUUCUCCGGUCCGGGUCAAGUCUCUUCCUCCGGUUCCCCACAGAGCCCCUCGUCUGGAACGGCACAACUCCCAAAGUCCGUCCCCGAGCCUCCGAAGCACGCGUCGAGUCCUUCCACUCCCGCUCUGGGCAGCGUCGGACGAGACGACGGUGCGGUUCCCGGCGUCGCCGUGACCUCUCCGUUCAGGGAAACCCCGAACGUGGCUCAGUCGGCUCAGACAGGCACCCCCAUUAGUAAGAUCACCGCGAGAAUAGAUUGUCAAGUAGGAGGCCGCGCUGAGAAGACCGACUCGGAACCAACGAGCAAAUCCCAAACCCCAGAGUCUGGUAGAGACUCAGUGACUGACUCCGGCAUGGGAUCGGAGCCUGAAAUGGAUCUGAACAAACAGCCGGACAGCCCGUCAGAGGAGCAGCCCACCACACACCGAGUCAUGUCGGCCAGCCAUAACCCCAAGUAUCAGCUGUUCCUCAACAACGAGAUCAAGACCAACGGGUUGAGUGGCAGGGAUGCAGAUGGUCCAGGAGGCGGCGGCAGGACGGUGGGGGGGGAGAACGGCCCCAGGCUGCCCCGAUGGGAGACCAACCUGCUGGGGACGAACAAUUACCGAGGGUCCCUGGAGUGCCUGGCCUCGCGGGACUGGGACACUAUGCCUGACAAGUGGGGCGGUUUCGACAGCCCCACCAGGUUCAACAGUCCCUACGCCACCGCGGCCUCCGUGGACUUCAACCCCAUGUACCGCAUGUCGGAGUACAAGGCUCCAGGUACUACACUGUCCCCUGCCACCUCAGAGAUGAACAUGUACACCUACAACAGUCGCAGCAGCAGUCCCACGCCCACCCUCAGCGCCCCCAGAACCCGCCUAUCUGCCUACGACACCCUGGUGAAGAGGAGGGUCGAGGUGGCCCCCUCCAACCACUACAGUUUGCGCUCUAACACGGUGGGAGGGCCGAAUAAAAAAAACUACAUCGAGGAGUUGACCAAACAGAUGGACGUCUGCCAGAAGCGUAACCAGUUCCUCGAGGCAGAGAGUGUGGAGAUGGAGAAGGAGAGGAACCAGAUACGGUUUGAGAUGCGCGGCCUGCUGGUGAACAACGAGGACCUGCUGAGGACCAACAGUCAGCUGACCAACGAGAUGAAGAGGAUGAGAGAGCAGAUGAUCGAGAUGGAGAGGGAGAACCAAUCCAUGGGCGGCAGGCACAGGGAGAUGGAGAUGGAGGUGAAGCAGGCCCGGGACAUGAUGCUGGAGGCCAACACUCAGGAGUACGCCUUCAACUUCCUCCAGCAGUCUCUCCAAAACAAGAUCCAUGACGCUGAGGAGAACCUGGAGAAGCAGACGCUGCACGCCCAGACGCUGUCUGAGAAGUUGUGGCUGGCGGAGCGCCAGCUGGAGGAGCUGGAGGUCCACAAAGACUCUCGAGACAAGAGGUCAUCGGAGCUCAACGGCAACAUCCUCAGACUGGAGUCCGAGCUGGGCGAGGCCCUGCAGGUGUCCACCCAGGCCUCCGUGGAGCUGAGCCUGCAUCAGAAGCUGCGAGCCGACAGCCAGCUGAGGGUGGAGGAGCUGGAGGAGUCUCUGCUGGAGAAGGAGCAGGAGCGGCAGAGGCUGCACACCAUCGUCAGCAGACUGCAGGGGGAGGUCUCCGACAAGCUGAGCGACAAGGAGCGGACGCUGGAGGAGGAGAUCCAGCUGAGGGAGAGGAUCCAGCUGCAGUGCAAGCAGGCGGAGAGGUCGGUGGACGACCUCCACAUGGAGCUGCAGAGCACCCUCCAGGCCAAAGACGAGCUGGCCAAGCAAGUGAAACUGGCUCAGGAGAAGAUGAUCGACCUGGAGAGCGACCUGGAGGAGCUGCACGACAGCGAGCUGAGAUGGGCCAACAAGCACAAGAGAGCCCUGGAGCAGAACGAGCAGCUGCAGCUGAAGGUGAUCCAGGAGAAGGAUCUGAACGACCAGCUGGAAACUGACAAGGUCGCCAUGGAUCGACAGCUGCGGGAGCUGCGUCUGGAGGUGGCGGAGCUUCAGAGCUCCAGAGUUCAGGAGGAUGUCAUCUCCAGAGCGGAGAGCAGAGUCAAGGAGCUGGAGAACACCCUGAGGGCCGAGGAGAGGAACAGGUCGGUUCUGACCAACACCGUCAGCAAACUGGAGCGGAAGAGCAACGAGCUGAGCGACCAGAUGGAAGAGGAGCACCGGAUAGCAACGGAGCAGAAAGACCUGAUGAUCCAGAGGAUGCGCUCUCUGAAGCGCCAGCUGAACGAGGCGGAGGAGGAGGCGAGCAGGAAGGAGACGCAGUACCGCCACACCCAGAGGGAGCUGACCGAGGAGAGGGAGACGAGCAGCCGGCUGCAGAGGCAGCUGCUCGACCAACACCUGCAGACCAAGCGGAAGGAGACCCUGACGAUCCGCCAGACCCUGGACAACCUGAGGCUGGACCUGAGCGACGAAGACGAAGACCAGCAGCCGCCGCAGCCGCCGCAGCCGCAGCAGCUGCCCAACAACGUCACCAAAGUGUAGGCGCGCUCUCUCGGUACUCACAGAUGGGAGGUCAUCUCCAGUCCUUUCUUCUCAAAACAAAAAGAUAACCACUAAAUGUGAUUACAAAAUAAACAAAAGUCCACCGGGACAUUUUCUUGUCAGGUUACAUUAUGUAACAGUAAUUUGUGAUUUCCCAAUAAUUUCCCAGAAUAAAGAUAUAGUUAUUCUUUUCUUAAAAAGAUGCUUAUCAAACGAUUUGGCACACAUGCAUGUUUAUAUACACCGUCUCAAAUAAUAUUAAUUAGAAUCAUUUGCCAGUGUCCCAGUUGAACUCCGUCAGACAGCUCUUCUGACUCAUCGAGCAUCACCGUUUCUUCAUUUCUAUUACAUAGAAUAUUAAACAGAAUGGUGGUAAUAAAUGCACAGGGGCUCCUCGUUGCCGAGAGACGCCGACGUAAAUACACGGCGGGGAAAUUAAAACGCGACGAGGAUUUGAUAAAAGGUGCCUCGCAGUUUUGAAGCUUUACGUUUUCUUUUCUUCGUUUUUGUUCUCCUUUCUUGUAAUUGCUGUUUAAAAUAAGCUUUAAAUAGCAUGAAGUAUAUUUGUUGGUGUUUAUUCGGCCUCAUCCAGUUACACAAAAAAUCCUUUCAAGUCCAAACCGCCGCGUUCACGGGACUCUUUUUAAUCUGUCCUUCAGGUUUUUCCUCAAAUGAUUCACACUCAAACUGGUUCCAUGUAAUUCUUCCUUCAGGAUGGAGCUCACAUGUUAGUAUGUUGACCAUAUUACCCGCUGGCUGUUGACAUAUUAUUAUUAUUAUUAUGGUCGUGACACACAACAUGCUCUAACUGCAGCUUCUUUUGAUUCACACACAGAAACAAUUAUGAGAUUAUUUAUAUAAGAAACUGUUUUUGCUUCGUGUUUAUGUUGUUUUUAUGAUUCAAAGAUAAUAUAGAAUUGCAGGGGAAAACAAAUAUUUUUAGAGAAUCAUAUAUAUACGAUUUGAGAGUAUUUGGGGUAUUUAAGGGGUUUGCUGCUGUAUUGAGGUCACUUCUGUCCCACAUACAGUAUCUGUCCAAGUGAUAAAAUGGAUGAAAUAUGAUUGUCAGCUAAUAAGAAAAAUAAUCUCACUUCACUUUGUUAAAUCUCGAUCUUUAGAAAUUGUAUUAUAUAAAAAUUUAAUCAAAUCAGGCAAAAUAAAUGAUAAAGUUGAAUGAAAAUACAGUUUUUAAAUGUUUAAUAGUGUAAAAGCCGAGUGUUUCAGCUCUCAGAAGUCCAAUUCAUGUCUCAAUACAGUUGAGACAGGAUGUGUGUUAAUGCAAUGCGUCAAAGAGGCAAUAAUAACAACAAUCAUGAUGAUAAUAAUAAUGGAUUGGGUUGGAAACAGUUUCUGUUGUUUCUAUACCAUCCGUUAGGGCUUCUGUUAUUUUUAAGGAAACUUAAAGCUGGCUGGGUUGUCAGAAUUUAAGUCGUCAUUAGGAAAAUUCACUGGUUUCAUUCUUAAAUAUUGACUGUCCAAAAAGUUUGUCCUUCUGUUUGAGUUUUGGGGAAAUGAAACGCAGCCGCGUGGCGCCGGUCCUCGUCUUAAAGCUCAGAUACAGUUUGGAUUUUCUGUUGUUUACAUUUGUGUGUUUUUUUCGCAUGUAAGUUUCAUAUUUCAGCUGUUGGGAAUGUGCGCUGCAGUGUCAUUUCUUUUUUUGAGGAGGUUUACCCUUUUUCAUAAACAAAAAGCGAUUGUGUCCACAGAUAUGUAAAAAGAAAUAGAUUUCAUUGACUUAUUUUUGUAAGUACACUCCACAUUCUACUGGUUCUACUGUUCUCGGGUAUUUAUUUUUCGCAUUCUGUUUCGGUGAGAAGUUUCUUUGUACAAGAUGCAAAUAAAUUGUUCUCCACUGUGAA